GUGUGGUCUUUCUUAUGCUUGACUCCGCCCACAUCGCCUCCAUUCUUAAAAUUCAUUUUCUCCAAACUCACAUCUCGCCCAGUCUCUUGACCAGAUGUCUACUAACAGUCACGUUAGGUUUGCUGAAGGCACUCACUUGGACCCUGACAAACUCCACGUUACUGAUGACGGCUCGCAGUACCACUUACCAGAAGCUCAUAUUGGAUUUCUACGCAACCACCACACGUACCAUGCAGAUGUCCCCAUUAAACAUGGUCUUGGUUCAGAUGUAACGGUCACUGUUCCCAAUUACAAUCUUUAUGUGAGGAUAAAUGAGGUCCAGCCCACGACUGCCAGUGAAGACGGAGAGUAUGUCACACCAGUACAGCUUGAGGUCAAGACCAUUAAAGAAGGAAGGAUAAGAGAGAAAGUCCUGGUCCACAGUGGCACUGAUGAUAGCAAAUCAAUGGAGAUUCUGAUAACCGCUCAAGUGAUGGAGGCUAAUCAGGGUAACCCCCUUCUAAAGGAUGGAGUUCAUGUUGUCUCCCAUGAAGUUGAAGAUGAAAGUGAAUGGCCAGGACACAGCAGCCAUUAGACCUACACAUAAAGACACCACACCUAGAACACCAGUUAAUCAUUAUUAUUGUUAUUUUUGCUAUUAUUAUUAUUAUUAUUAUUAUUAUUCUGAGACUUUUGAAUAAUAACACUAAUGUCAA